AUGGUUAACAUUGAGAUGUUAAGAGAUGAAGGUGUUCCUCGGUCCAAUAUUUCUAAAUUUCUUAUUAACCAUCCAAGAGCACUUACAAUAGCUACAAGUAAGUUCGAGGAGAACGUACAACGGAUUAAGGGUAUGGGUUUUGAUCCUUCAGUGACUACAUUUCUUCUUGGUCUCAAUGGAUUGGCAGCCAUGAAUAAAUCCACCUGGGAAACCAAAUUGAAUGCUUAUAAGAAAUGGGGUUGUUCAGAAGAAGAGAUACAAAAUGCAUUUAAGAAACAGCCUCGGUUUAUGUUAGCUUCUGUGAAGAAGAUAAUGUCGAUGAUGGAUUACAUUGUGAAUCAAAUGGGUUGUAAUCCAUCACUUAUUGCUAAAUGCCCAGUUAUUCUGUGCUUUAGCCUGGAGAAGAGGAUUAUUCCGAGAUGUGUUGUCAUUCAGCUUCUAGUCUCCCAGGGACAGGUUAAGGAACAUUACUUGAGUACAGUAUCAACGAUCUCUGAAAAGUCUUUCUUGGAGAAGUAUGUGGGCAAGUAUGAGGCAGAAGUUCCUGGACUGUUGAAGGUAUACCAUAAUUCACAGUCUACUACUUCUUAA